UUUGUCCAAUCAGACGCAGUCCGGCUCUAACCGGAAGAGGUCCAAUUCAUUUCACAAAAACAUUUGGAAAACUGCUAAAAGCAUGUCCUGUAACAGCAGUGUUACCCGGGUUAACGUGUCCUCUGUGGGCCAGGCGCAGAGGGUCCCAGUCCACCUCCUGCCCUGUGAGAUUGAACACAAUGGGCCGGCCCAGGUCUCACAAUACCUCACUGCCACCACCAAAGACUGCAAACUAGAGAAGAUGGUAUCAUUCAGAGGGCGUGGGUUGAAGGGCCAGGAGCUCAGCUGUCCUCAGGGCUACACUGGCUUAGUGCUGAAAGAGACCAACAAGCCCGGCUCUGACCAAGAGGACAGGACAGUGAAGGUAUCAUCUGUGUUUGACAAGCUGACCUACUGGAACCUGGAGACGCCACCAAACUCUGACGAUACCGUUGUGAUGGCAAUGGAUUGGCCAGAGUUGGCUGAGGCGAUCCACGGGCCAGUAGAAGACUGAAGAGAGAAAAACGUACGAAGGAUGGCGUGUCCUCAGCGUGUCACGAGUGAACAUUUUAAAGUUGACUUGCAACAGACAGUGAAAUAAGUGCUACAAGUUCAGUGUAAUUGUGUUACAACUGAAGAAUAACAAAU